GCAUGCGCCUAGGCGUCCCGAGGAGCCCGCUAGGACUUCCGGUUUGGGAGCCGGACUGGGCGGCUGAAGAGCCGGGCUGGGGCUGGACCCGAGUGGGUGAGGCUGGCCCCGGGGCAGGCGUGCGAGUAGGGUGAGGACAGCUAGAGAGGAAGACGCUCCCAGGAGUGGGCCGGAGGGUGCCCGUAGGGCGCCUUAGCCUGGUCAGGGGCCUCUGGAGGGACUGGACCACGGCUCCGAGAGUAACCCGGCCGGAGGGAGCGGAGACAAAGAGGCCGGAACCCCGCACCCGCCGCUCCUCGAGCUUGAGCUGUGCUCCCGCGAACCCGCACUGCUCGGAGCCCUCGGCCAGCACCCGAGCUCGUCCUCAGGAAACCCAUUGCUGCUACUGCCCGCUCGGACUCCCCCUCUCCAACUCAGUGUGACUCACCCCAAGCCCCCCUGGUCCUCGCUUCUGGAGGCAAAAGCGACUUCUCUCCUUUGCGGGAGGUUUCCUGUUAGACCCCUGCUGAGCAGUUACUUCAGUGAGGGCAAAACAAAGACCGCAUCAGGACUAGAUCUUUGUACAGGGUGGGACUUGCUAGUGGUGGCACCUGCGGGGACGGGGCGGAUGCAGAAGGCCUUGGGAAGGACUGCCAAGGAAGAAACUCCUCUUACAGAGAGAGACUCAUCUACAAGGACAUGGGAAGAUAGGUCUAAGUCCUGGAACCCAGACCCUUAAGUGGAGGGAAGCUGCUUUCUGCUGUGAAUGAUGGCCAAACCCACUCUGAGAGGGAAUGGCACUAACUCUGAGACCUUCAGACAGCGCUUCAGGAGAUUCCAUUACCAGGAAGUGGCUGGGCCCCGGGAGGCUUUCAGCCACCUCUGGGAACUUUGUUGUCGGUGGCUAAGGCCGGAGGUGCGCACCAAGGAGCAGAUUGUAGAAUUGUUGGUGCUAGAGCAGUUCCUGACCAUCUUACCUGGGGAGAUCCAGAAUUGGGUACAGGAUCAAUGUCCAGAAAGUGGAGAGGAGGCAGUGACUCUGGUGGAAGAUUUAGAAAGAGAGCCUGGAAGACCUGGAUGUUCGGUCACAGUCUCUGUGAAGGGGCAGGAAGUGCACUCGGAGAAGAUGACACCCCUGAAAUCAGCACGAGAGUUAUUAAGUGUUCGGCAGGAGUCAGUGGAACCCCAGCCCAGGGAUGUACCCAAGAAAGAGAGGGCAAGAAGCCCAGACCUGGGACCACAGGAGCAGAUGAACCCAAAGGAGAAGCUCAGACCUUUUCAAAGGAGCGGAUUUCCAUUUCCUAAAUCCGGUGUGGUCUCCAGGUUGGAGCAAGGAGAACCAUGGGUCCCAGAUCUGCUGGGCUCCAAGGAGAAAGAACUCCCAAGGGGAAGCCAUACAGGAGAUAAACAAGUGCAUGCUGAUCUGUUACCAUCUAAAAGAGAGAGAAGCAGCUGGGUAGAACCUGAUCACUGGGGCUUUGAGGAUGAGAAAGUGGCAGGUGUGCACUGGGGCUAUGAAGAGACCAGAACUCUCCUCGCAAUUCUCAGCCAGACUGAGUUUUAUGAGGCUCUCCGAAACUGUCAUCGAAACAGCCAAGUGUAUGGGGCAGUGGCUGAGCGGCUCCGGGAGUAUGGCUUUCUCCGGACCCUAGAACAGUGUCGGACCAAGUUCAAAGGUCUUCAGAAGAGUUAUCGGAAAGUCAAGAGUGGCCACCCACCUGAGACAUGUCCCUUCUUUGAAGAGAUGGAAGCCCUGAUGAGUGCCCAAGUCAUUGCCCUGCCCAGUAAUGGCCUGGAAGAGGAAGCCUCUCACUGUGGGCUUCUGGGCAGUGAUGCUGAGACUGAGAAGCCAGGGAAUGGGAGCUGGCAGCAUGAGGAGGGAGCAGAAGAGGCUGUGGCUGAGGAGUCUGACAGUGAUGAAGUAGAUCUGGAGGGGCCCCCACAGGAGUCUGACAACUCAACUGCACCUGUCCUAUUUAGAAGCCCAAGUGGUGUACACUGGGGCUAUGAAGAGACCAAGACUUACCUUGCAAUUCUUAGUGAGACUCAGUUUUAUGAAGCCCUCCAAAACUGUCACCGCAAUAGCCAGUUGUAUGGAGCAGUGGCUGAGAGGUUAUGGGAACAUGGCUUCCUUAGGACCCCAGAGCAGUGUCGGACCAAGUUUAAAAGCCUACAAACCAGCUAUCGGAAAGUCAAAAAUGGCCAAGCACCAGAGACCUGUCCCUUCUUUGAAGAGAUGGAUGCUUUGGUGAGUGCCCGGGUUGCUGCCCCACCCAAUUACAGCCAGGAAGAAUCAGCUUCUUGCCCCAUCCAGGGAACCAGUGAGGCUGAAGCUGAGAAUCAAGCUGAGGAGGCAGAGGAGCCCAUAGAGGAAGAUUCUGAUUAUGAUGAAGAGGACACUGAGAUACCUCCAGAGGCUGACAUAACCCGUGCUCCAGUGUUAUUCCAGAGUCCCAGUGGAUUUGAGGCUAUAUUUGAAAAUGAAGAGAAUCCAAAAUGGGAUAUUUUUGAGGAAGUACAACUGCAUAGGACACUACUUGCAAGAUCUGAACGGAAAAUUCCUUGUUGUCUUAAUCAAGGUAAAGGCAGUGAGAGUGAACACAGACCAGGAAAAGAAUGGGAAAAGACCUCAGAGGAGAAACAAGUAAAACAGACACUCUCAGAAAAGAGUUUAGGAAAAGUCCUAAGUCACCAGAGACCUUGCUUGGGAGAAAGAUCCUAUAAGUAUCUCAAAUAUGGCACAAACUUCAGCCCAAACUCCCUUCUCAUGCAUCAGCUAUCCCACCAAGUAGAAAAUCCAUAUAAAUGUGCUGAUUGUGGGAAAAGCUUCAGUCGGAGUGCACGCCUUAUUAGACACCGGAGAAUCCACACUGGAGAGAAGCCUUAUAAGUGUCUUGACUGUGGGAAAAGUUUCCGUGACAGUUCAAAUUUUAUCACCCAUAGGAGAAUCCACACAGGAGAGAAACCUUAUCAAUGUGGUGAGUGUGGGAAACGCUUCAAUCAGAGCUCAAGCCUUAUAAUUCACCAGAGAACCCACACAGGAGAAAAGCCCUAUCAAUGUGAAGAGUGUGGGAAAAGCUUCAAUAAUAGUUCUCAUUUUAGCGCACAUAGGAGGAUACAUACAGGAGAGAGACCCCAUGUGUGUCCUGACUGUGGAAAAAGUUUCAGUAAGAGUUCUGACUUACGUGCACAUCAUAGAACCCACACAGGAGAGAAACCCUAUAGGUGUUAUGAUUGUGGCAAGUGUUUCACUAAAAGUUCUGCCCUUAAUAAGCACAGAGAAAUCCAUGCUCGAGAAAAGCUUCUGUCACAGUCAGCACCUAAGCAAGCCCCUGAGGGUAUAUAAAGAAAAGAGCCUCAAAAAAUGUGUUAUUUGGAAAGUUUUCCAA